AGGUCGCAGAUGCCUUCGCAGGAUUGCCUGGGUACUCAUGAAUUGUCGAGCGUUUGCAUCCGCUUGAGUGCUGUCCUGGCAGCCGAUAAAUAGCGGUCACGAAGAUGCCACCGGGCAACUUCGUCGGCGUCGACCCGGCGGCGGAGGUCGCGGCGCUGCGGUCGGACACGAGCGGCGCGGAGCCCGCGUCCUCGGAGGCGUUCGACGUCGUAGUGCUCGGCGGCGGCCUGGCGGGCCUCUGCGCGGCGCACCGGCUGGCGAAGCGGGGCGUGAAGCGGAUCGUGCUGCUCGAGGCCGCGGACGCCAUCGGCGGCAACGCGCGCUCCGGCGGCGAUUGCCCCCUCGGCGCCGGCUACGUGCCGGUGCCGUCGCGGCGGUCCAAGCUGCACGAGUUCGCGCAGCUCCUCAAGGAGCUCGGCGUGACACGGCGCGACGUCUGCCGCGCGCCCGUCGAGCGGCUCUACCUGCGCGCCGAGGAGCGGUGGCAGCGCGCGAUGCCCGCAAACUUCGACGUCGCUCCGUUCGGGACGGGUGCAGACCGCGCCGAGCAGCGGCGGUUCCGGGGCAAGAUCGAGGCCUUCGCGACGCGCCGGGGCCGCGACGGCCGCUUCGCGUUCGUGCUGCCCGUGGCCGCGUGCUCGCGCGACCCGACGAUCUGCGAGCUCGACAAGGAGUCGGCCGCGGACUGGCUCGCGGCGCACGGCUUCCGCACGGCCGCGCUGCGCUGGUUCGUCGACUACUGCCUCCGGGACGACUACGGCACGGCGGCCCAGGACUGCAGCGCGUGGGUCAUGCUGCACUACUUCUGCGCGCGCGGCCGCGAAACGCUCUACACGUGGCCCGACGGGCUGGGCCACGUCGCGGAGGCGCUCGCGGCCCGCCUCGCGAAAGCGGGCGUCGACGUGCGGACGCGCGCGCCCGCGCUCCGCUGCGUCGCGCGCGCCGGGGGCGUCGCCGUCACUUACGCGGCCGGCGGCGGCGGCGCGCCCGUCCUCCGCGAGGUGACCGCGGCGCACGCGGUCUGCGCGCUCCCGCGGUACGCGGCGGCGGCGCUGCUCGACUCUCCCGAGGCCGCGGGGCCGCCGCUCGCGUACGCGCCCUGGGUCGUGUCCAACCUCCGCGUCGCCGCCCCGCCCGCGGGCACCGCCUGGGACAACGUGGCGUACGACGCCGCCGCGGCCGACGGCGCGCCUGCGGCGGAUGGCGACCUCUCGCGGGCCUCGCUCGGCUUCGUCGUCUCCACGCACCAGCGACGCUUCCGCGGGAACUGCCUGGAUGCGCUGCGGCGGCCGCGGCCGGCGGUGCUGACGCUCUACGCCGCGUUCGCCGACGGGGACCCCGACGCGCAGCGCGCCGCGCUCGCGGCGCGCUCGCGCGAGGACCUCGCGGCGGCGGCCGUCGCCGAGGUCGCGCGGUCCCACCCGGGCGCGCCCUCCGCCGUCCGCGCGGUCGACGUCCGCGUGCUCCCGCGCGCCAUGGCCAAGCCGGCGCCCGGGUUCUUGGAGCGGGUCUUCGGCGCGACCGCGGCGCCGCGGAGUGCUCUCGGGGGCGCGCUCGUCUUCGCGCACACGGACAUGUCGCUCCCGCUCGUCGAGGAGGCGCACUUCUGGGGCGCCACGGCCGCGGACGCCGUCUGCCGCGCCCGUGGCGACGCGGGGGCCGUCUUCCGCCUCAACACGCCGGCGCGCGCCCUCGUUCAAACCGACGCCCAGGAGGAACUCGCUCUCGCGACGCCGACGCUCUGAGUUUUUUAAUUUUGUUAUAGUGCUA